AUGCUUGAAGAGGCCAUUCCGAGUGCUGCUUACAUCUCAUUCAUCUGCUGCGAAGGUGCCAUGCUGCAGACAUAUGGACGUGGCCUUAGAAUGGGAGAGAAAGCAACGGAUGCAGAUAAUGAAUCUAUAGGAAAUGAGGUACGGCAAAUCUUAAUUCUUCCCCCUGCCGAGACGAAAAUCCACGAGACCGCACACGAAGAGUUGCGAAGCCUCGUUGAAUUCCUCAAUGUCCGGUUAGAUGAAUACAAAGAGUUUCUACACCAUAACUCGGCAGCAGUGUUCGCCGUCAACUACAUUCAGAAUCGAUAUGUCUCAGCAGAGUUUUGUGCAGAAAUUGCCAAACUUUUCGAGAUGUUGAAUGUAAAAACAGAAGCCGAAUAUGAAAAAGCUUUGGAGGCUAUGCAAAGUGAACCCGAGACAGAAACCGAUGUAAUCGCAUAUCGAAAUUAUGUGGGCAACUGGAAUGAGUUGAUAGAGGAUAUUGAUAAGAAACUGGACGAGAAACUCGGUCCUUGCUCCAACAAGGUCGAAGAUGACGGUGAGCUUCCGGAACUUGGGGUUGAGCUUAAGACGCUAUCGCAUUAUGUGACAAACAGCGCUUUCAACUUAGUAUUAGUUGUUGUAGUAAGUUCCUUCAAUUCUGCCGAAGUCAAUCAGCGUAUAAUGGCGCUUUACAAUAAAAUGUCUGAAUUCCAUAGCCUUGGCUGUGAUGUUUAUUUGUUAACAAAAGGACCACCUAUAGGCUCCAGAGGAGGAUCUUAUAUUAAACUGGUUGGUGUACCAUUCCGAAAGCUCUACGAUGAACAGGAAGCAUUGAACGAACUCAAGACACAACGAAGAUCUGCGACACAGUUGGCUGGCUGGAGUGCGCUUCUUCGGAUGGUAGAGAAAACAUUAGCCGACGAUCUGAACUUGUCGGAUGAAAAGAAAAUUUCGGAGACCAGCGCUGAACAAACAUCAUUUGUCACGCAUAAGGGCGGUGCGAUACUGGUCAAUCGAUCUGGAACGAUAUUAUAUAAAUAUGUCGAGGAUGAAGGCACGCAGUGGCCGUCCGUUGAAGACAUAGUAGAUGAAGUAAAGAAAGCUGGUACCAAAAAUACGUCAAAAACGCCUAGUCCCACUCCUAACAAAACGAAAGUGGAUUCUGAAGUAUCAGCGAAGAAUACCGACGAAGAAAAAAAGAAAUGCUGCACCAUAUUAUGAUUCAAAGCCCACAUAGCUUAUUUGUACAUAUAAUAUGACUCUUGUAUGCAAAUGAAAGAUUAUUCAAUUAUGG